UGCAUCCCCUCUUAGAUGCUGGCCUUCUGUUCUCAUUCCUGCAGUGAGCAGCUGUUUAUGCAGAUGGCUGAUCUGAUGGUGUCAGAGGGAUGGAGAGACGUCGGGUACCAAUACCUGUGUAUCGACGACUGCUGGAUGGCUCCAACCCGCGACGGGCAAGGCAGGCUGCAGCCAGACCCGAAACGUUUCCCUAGUGGGAUCGGCAAAUUGGCAGACUAUGUCCACUCUAAAGGGCUGAAGCUGGGCAUCUACGCAGAUGUCGGGAACAAAACAUGUGCUGGCUUUCCCGGCAGUUACGGUUACUAUGAGCUGGAUGCCGAAACCUUUGCUGGCUGGGGGGUGGAUCUGCUGAAGUUUGACGGCUGUAACUUUGGCACACUGGAGCUGCUGGCAGAAGGUUACAAGACCAUGUCCUGGGCUUUGAAUAAAACGGGCAGAAGCAUCAUCUAUUCGUGUGAGUGGCCGCUUUACCAAAGACCCUUGCAGAAGCCUAACUACACAGAAAUCAAACAAUACUGUAAUUACUGGAGGAAUUAUGCUGACAUCUACGAUGCUUGGAACAGCAUCAAAAAUGUCUUGGACUGGACUGCUUAUAACCAGGAUAGUAUUGUGGACGUCGCCGGGCCAGGAGGCUGGAACGACCCAGACAUGCUGGUGAUUGGAGACUUUGGGCUGAGCUGGGAUCAGCAGGUAACUCAGAUGGCACUCUGGGCCAUCAUGGCAUCUCCGCUUCUCAUGUCCAACGACCUGCGCCGGAUCAGCCCACAGGCCAAGGCUCUGCUCCAGAACAAAGACGUGAUUGCCAUCAACCAGGAUCCACUGGGCAAGCAAGGGUAUCGAAUUACGAAGGACAGCAACUUUGAAUUGUGGGAGCGGCCUCUCUCGGACGGAGCCUUUGCCAUUGCUGUGAUAAAUCGGCAGGAGAUGGGUGGGCCCCAGGCGUUUGCCUUUUCUACUGCCAUCCUUGGUAACGGCUUGGCUUGCAACCCCAUGUGUUCCAUCCAGCGGAUCCUUCCUGCCAGCAAGGAUUUGGGGUUACACAACUGGGUUUCAUUCUUGAAGGUGGUGGUGAAUCCAACAGGCACUGUGCUGCUGAAGACGGUGGUGAUUAAGGAGAGACUACUGACAGACCACAGCAAUGGCCACUCCCUGGAUGUUUUGUAACAGAGGAGACUCUUUUCCCGUGGCCUUCCUAAAUAUUGAGAAGCGUUACUGGAAGGAGCUCCUUGCCUUCGUAUAACAGUGAUCAUCAGGACCAGUUACUGAAGGAUGGCCUGAUCACAAAAGUCAUCCCCUGCCUUUCUGGAGGAGAAGCCGGAGAUAAUCAACUGUGACGCAAUCAGUCUUGCCAAACCUUUUGCCUUCUGCUGCUACCUCCUUGAGGGAAGAGUACAACGUGACUGUAGCUCUGUUAGAGAAACAGACAGAGGUACCCCUCAAAACCUCCUCUGGAGACCCAUCUCUUCGGCUUCUGGCUUGAGAUACCAGAGCCAGAUACAAAUUAAAUCCAUAUAUUUUACUACAGGAUGCAACUAUUCUGUAAACCGUCUUGUUAAAAAAAGACACCCUUCAGUUAAAGCAAAGCCCAGGGAAAUCUCAAAACAAGACUAACCAUAAUCCUGAAGGAUUUUGUACGGUUGGUUCCUCCCACCAGUCUGAAGGAAAAAACAUAUUGGAUUAUUUCAAACUGGAUUAUCAUCUAAUUAAUAUUUGGGCUGGACAGUUACCAUAAACUUUCCACACACCUGAAACAGGAUUAAGUAUACCUAUCAGUCUCUUAUGUCUGACAGCUUAAAGGCUAAAACAAGUGUUCUGAUGGACAACUGUUUAAAAUAAAAUAGAACGUAGACAGAUGCUCUUCUUGUGCAGGACUUGGAAGGGGUUUAAUCCCCCAAACCUGCUAUCUGCCACAGAGGGGGAAAUUCUCACACCGAGUGUAUGUGACAAUUAUGAGGCUCUGAGUUUAGAGCCCAUCCAGACUGUACCAUUGUCUAUAGUUUUAAACACUAUUGUAUAAAAGGCUAUUUCUUGAAAGGCACACCUGAUUUUUGUACACACUCACUACCAAAAGGAUAAAUACCCCCUAAAUGUC